UGCGUCGCUGGCUCCAGGAGAAACCGGAGCAAACUACCAGCAGUGCGAGUGAGAGUGCGUGUUUUCGUGCUUGUGUGAAUGAUUUAAAAUGUUUUGACAGCGUUGCUAAUCGCAGUUUGAGAGACGAUGCAUCAAGUCAGCGUGUCGAUCCCUUCGUUCCGCUCGGAAAACACGGCGGUGGAGAGAGGAUACACGGUUUUUAGAAUCGAUGUGUUGAUGAAUGGAAGACUGCACUCUGUCGAGAAACGCUACAGUGAGUUCCACGCUUUGCACAAGAUGCUGAAAAAGAGCAUAAAGCCGCCUGAGAUUCCUUCUAAACACGUCAGAAACUGGGUACCAAAGGUCCUGGAGCAGAGGCGGCUGGGCUUGGAGCUCUACCUGCAGACUAUAAUUAUGGAAAAUGAGGCUCUUCCCAAGAUAUUCCUGGAUUUCUUGAAUAUCCGACACUUUCCCUCAGUGCCAAAGACUGAAAGCUGUGGCUCCUUUGAUACGGAGUCGCUGGAGUCCAGUAAACUUUCACACCAGCCUGUCCUGCUCUAUCUGAGAGACCCCUACCUGCUGCCUUCGGCUCACGACUCAUUUUCAAACGUGGUGAUUGAGGGGGUCAUUCACGGCGUCUUCUACCCAGACGUGCAGCCCAGGUAGAGACACAGCGUCCAACCAGAAAGACUGUUACUGCCGAUGCAAGACUCAGAAAACCCUCAACCUCAUCUUGUGUACUGUGGAAGGAAACCUCCUCCUCCAGGUACUCUGGUGUUAGUCAGAGGAAGUAUCAGCGGUUUGUUUGUGUGUGUGUGUGUGUGUGUGUGUGUGUUUGAGACUUUUCUUGGCUUCAGCGACGUGGAAACUCUGACGGAGGCAUGAAGCUCACUUUCAAGUGUGUUUAUUUUAGAAAACAGCUACAAUUGAUGACACCCGACUCACUAAAACACCUAUGUAUUUACCUUUAUAGCGAAGUAGUAUGAUGUUUUUGUACUUGUAUUAUGACGUAAGUAAUAAUUGAACUUUUUGAUGAUCUGUAAAAAAAAAAAAAAAAGAAGAAGGGACACUAUGAUGCUGCUAAAUUUAGAGUUUGAUGUCAGUAAGUUAAUGGGCAGGUGUUGUAUUAUUAUUAUUGUUUGUUAUUAUGAGCACUGACAAGACUUUAAAAAUGAUGUACAUGAAACACAGAAUUUGCAAAUAGAAGGAAUAAACAAGCAACUGAAAGGAAAUGUAUAGAAAAAAAAAGUUUAUUAAAAAAUGCUGUAGUCAGGUUCAAUUGAUGCUCGACCAGUGCAGCAUUUGUCACGUUUCUUUAUACUGGAUUUAACUGCAUUUCAAGGUGAUACUGAAACAUGCUGCAUUGAUCAUUGCUUCAAAAUACAAAAAAUUAUUGAGAAACAGUUGUUCAAUCCAUCAGAAAAACAUAUCGUCUCAAUCGACCCAGUAGCCUGGGCACCAUUUGAGCGCUGCUGAGCAGGAAGCGUUCCAUUUGUUUGAGAUUUCCAGUGACCCUGAAUGCUGCACGGCUGAGCAGCAUUCAGGAUUUUCUAAAUUGCUUCGUUCAGCCUCCUCCACUCAACCAGUCGAAACAAUUUGUACUGUUUGAAUGUAAAAACACUGUCGUAUGUUGGGGGAUCAAUUGGAAUUGUGUGUGUGUGUGUGUGUGAUAUACAGUACAAGGGAUAUAAUAUUUUAAAUAAUUUAUUCAGUGCUGUGACAACUUGGAAAAGUCUCAGUUCACUCUGUAUAUGCAAAAGUCAAGUGAAGACCAGCUGUAUGUUUGUGUUUCCUAACCAAUCAUGAAACUGACUGACUUCUUCAAGGGGAAUGUGAAGGUCUGCCUCCUCAGUUUAGCCUGCACAUGAAGGGUUCGGACAGCUAGCUGCGGUGACUGUCCACCAACAGGCCAGUUCCUAACACUAAUGACAGAAGUGAUCCGCGUUAUAUUGGAUUUGGUUUCAAAGGGACUUGACCAUUACUAAAAAAAAAAGCAGUACCAUGUUGAGCAAUAGUAAUGGUGGUUACUCCAUCUGUGAUUCAACACCUGCACAUACUCUUGGGUGCUGUUCUAAUGUUGCAUGUGAUGAUUUUGACCUCUGUUUUUAAUUGUGCGAAUGGGCAGUUACACCUCAUAAUCAUGAUGGAAAUUAUUUAUGUGUAGCAGAGUGCCAUAACUCCAGUGAUCACCCAGCACCUUAGCAUUGAUGCUAACACCAAUAAAAUCAAUUUGCAUUAAUAAUUGCUGGUACGUUGUUUUUUAUUAAAUAAAAAGGCUUUAUUAUUACAAAACCAUUUUGCUCAACUUUUCGACAUCACGUGUGGAAUUACACCAUUGAAAUCAUUCUUUAUGAACCUCUCAAAUUAUUUGUUCAAAAAUGCGAUUUGAAAAUUCUUUUAAGAAUCAAAUGGGAAAUGUUGCACAGCAGUGAAGUACUGACCUGUUGUUUAAAAGUAAACGCCUUUAACAAAUUAAAAAAAAUAUACACACAUUUCUGUUCGGAUUCCCCGUUUCAGUAACAGUCCAAGUCGUAAAAACAUCUAAAGCUCUCCGUGACCGACUUCAUCUUUGAGUCCGUCGUCCAUGUUUUGCUCUGCCUGUGGUCCUUUCAUGUUGGCAAAGGCAACUUCGCGUGUGAGCUGCUCCACCGGAGGAAGUCCCACCGCCAGGUUCCGCAUCGCAAUAGCGGUCAUUAAAAACCUGGAACACGGCGACGCAUUAUGUCAACUGAAUAUCCUUGGCACUUUCAUUAAAGUGAACACACAGACGACUCACGCUCGUCGUAUUGUGUAGUACUUCUUCACAGUGAAGCGCUCGAGCCGCUCAAGCAGACCGGCCUCCCGACGCUUCUUCACCUCAUUCAUGCGCCGCUGCCGCUUCAGGAAGAGACGAACAACCGGGUCAGUUGCGUUGACCUCUGCUCCAUCCUCUGCCUCCGCUAGGGGGAGUAGCUCUGGAGGAAGCGGCUCGGUUUCUGUGGAAUAAAUAUUGAAAGCGAGUGUUUGGAAAGUGCAAUGGGUAUGUACUUUUGCAGCACCAUCUAGUGGCCAGAAAACAAUCUUGGUUAAACUAUGAUCAGGGUUUCUUUUCUGAGUUUUGUAUUUAAAUAUUCAGCAAAUAUAUUUAAGAUGCAGAGUUACCGCUCAGUGAAACCCAAGUUAUGAUUCCCUGAGUCAGUUAUUAUUAUUAUUUUCUAUUAAACCACAGUCACAUUAUCAAGUGGUUAUUGAAGUCUCAGCUCUCUUGUUAUUGACAGUUGACCAAAUGCAAACUGACCCUUACAAACAGCUGUCCUGGGUGUGGGGAAAAUAAUGUA